AUGGCUACUUUCAAGCUAGACUUUGUUCCAACAUAUCACCACGACACGUACGAUGCAAUCUCUGAAACAAAUCCCGAUCUAUCCUGCGAGGGGAAAGUCGUGUUUGUUACAGGCGGUGGUCGAGGCAUUGGCCGUGAAAUCGCAAAGGCCUUCGCCGUCGCUGGCGCCAAAGGCGUAUUCAUCAUUGGAAGGACUGCUACAGAGCUGCUCAGUGCUGUAAAAGAGAUCAAAAGUCUCUCUACUGGCACUCCAGUGUCGUUUCAUCAUGCCGAAGCCGACAUUACAGAUAGAGAGGCUGUCUCUUCUGCUUUUAAGAAGGCAAUUGCAGCAUUUGGCCACAUAAAUAUCCUAAUCCAGAACGCAGGAUAUCUCGAUGCCCAUCGCUCUCUGCUGGACUCCGAUCUCGAUGACUACUGGAAAACCUUUGAGAUAAAUGUCAAAGGAGGCCUGCUUGUAACCCAGCAGUUCCUGAAGCAAAGUCAACCGGGUGACACGAUUAUCAAUAUCGGAUCUGGAGCUGGGCAUCUACCCCCCAUCCCGGGUUACUCUGCGUAUUCUUCAUCAAAGCUUGCAUUUGCAAAGAUGAUUGAAUGCGUCCAGCUGGAGAACCCUCAUCUUCGUGUUUUCAACAUCAAUCCCGGUGCUAUUGCCACGGAGAUGCAGAAGAAGUCCGGUGAUAUUGCUACAGUGGAUAAUAUCCGGAAGUUCACUAUUUCAGGAGUUUGA